GGACUUUAAUAAUAGUAGUAGAGUAGUAGUAGUUGGAGCAGACUAGGCCUCUCGGUUGCCGUGGCAACGGGGGAGAGGCGCCGCCGCCGCCAUCGCCGCCAGGGGGCGCCCAAGAGCGGGGCCUGAAUGACUAUCUAAGCUUACCAACCAACCACCCAACCGCCCUCCUUCCUUUCUCCCUUCUUCUCCCCGCAGACGGAGGCCCAUGGCGGGGUCGGAGGCGGUGGCGGUGCCUCCGUUCCAGUUCCGCCCCCGGCACGAGAGCCCGGACUGGCGGCGGCUGAGCUCGGUGGACGUGGACCGAGUGGCGGCGGAGGUGGACGUGGCGGCGCUGCAGGAGCACCUGGCCCACGUCGCCUUCUGCACGGCCGAGAGGGAGCGCUGCCCGCGCUGCCAGGCCCCCGCCGACCCCCUGCUCCUGCGCCUCCUGCGCCUGGCCCAGCUCUGCCUCGAGUACCUCCUCCACUCCCAGGACCACCUCGCCGCCAGGCUCCGCGCCGCAGAUGAGGCCCUGCGCGCCGCAGACGCCCACCGGGACCUCCUGGCCAAAGAGGCCGCCCGAGGCGCCCACGAGGUCCGCCUCCUCAAGGAGGAGUGCCGCCGGAGGAGGAAGAUGCUCGGGGCACAGCAGGUCAUGCUCCAGGCCGGCGCCUGCCACCAGUGCCAAUUUUGUGACAAAGCUUUUAUGAACUACUCCUUCCUGCACAGUCAUUUACAGCGUCGCCAUGCAGAAGAACCACACAUUGAUCAGAAGCAAAAAGGACAAACAGAUAAAUUACAGGAAGAGAUCAACAAGCUGAAGGAGCAAUUACAACUGACCAGGUCUCAGUUAGAAGCAGAGCAACAUGCUCACAUGGUCAAAUUGUCUAAGGAAUAUGAGGAACACAGAUCCAAGGAGGAGGAGAUUCGGCAGUUAUUUCACAAAUGGAAAGAAGAAGAAAAAGAAAAAUUGGCCAGUGAACUGGAGAAGGUGAAAGAGAUGUUUAUGAAGGAGUUUAAAGAGUUAACAGCAAAGAAUACAGAAUUAGAAAAUCACUUACUAGAAGUACAGAAGUCCAACAAACACCUGAAAUCCAAUUUAGGCACAUUAAAGGACAGCUAUGAAUUUUCAGAAGAGAAACAUCAGCAUUUUGUAGAUCAUCAGGACAUAAUGCAACUUCUUGAGAAACAGGAAACUAAGUGGACUUCUAAAGUACAUGCUCUUCAAGAAGCACAUGAUACUGAAAAAUACCAGCUUACAUCACAAAUUGAGAAGCUCAAAACAUCAAUGACAGAGGAACUCAAUGCAAGUAACAACUUUUAUAAAAAGAGGAUAGAAGAACUAGGACAGAGGCUUCAAGACCAGAAUGAUCUUAUAAUUGCACAGAAACAUCAGAUACAAAAACUCGCUACCAAAAAAUCAGUAGAAAGCAUCAGUUCAUCUGAUGUGAAAACAUCAGCACAGAAUAUUGUUCAACCUAAAUCAAGUUUGCCAUCAAUGCAUGAACAGGCCCUUUUGGUGCACAUGCUGGAGCCCAUAGAGGAGCUUCCAGAGGAUGAAAAAGAAAUGGAGAAACAUGUGCCUAAAGUAGGGAAAAGUAAGCACCAUGUAAUAAAUAGUCUGAAGAGCAAUCCUUCUUUAACAAGAGAGCUGAGAGCUGUUUUGGAGCAGACUUUAGCAGAGAAAUUGGAAUCCUUGGGAAUCAAAUCAGGAGUUCAUGGUAUCCCAAGUGAUCAUUUGAAUAGAGUCCUAAUGUCUGUUGAGUCUGCAAGAGAAGAAAGAAAAAAACAGGUUCCUGAUAUCCAGCAAAUACGAGAACAGCUUGAACGGCAAGUCAGCUUUAGAGUUGCAGAAAGAGCAUCUUGCAGCAGGCUUUUUUCCAGCCCUCAUCUUUCCCCACAAGUUCAACAGAGGGCAGCUCAUGUACGAGGCUCCUUUUCAACAGUGUUACCCAAGCCAGCAAAACAUUCUUCCAUUGCCAAACGCCCUUGUGUACCACGAUCAAUCCCUGCUGAGAAUACAUCUACACCAAAAAGCAAGAAGAGUGCUUUGGUGGAUGAAAUUCCCAAGAGGCACAGUGUUACAACACCACCAUUUAGUUCUGAGGAGGAACUGGAAGAGGAUGACAUCAUGCAGUCAUACAUUUCACCUGAACUCUCUCACCCAAAAGCAUUCAAGAGGAACAGCAAGGGCAGCUUGUUAAGAUUUGCAAGCCAGGAUGAUGUAAACUUGCCUGAAGAAGAUGAGGUGGAAGAAAUAAAAACAAAUCCUAAAGCUUCAAAAAGCACGCUUGUCCAAAAAGGAACUGACCAAGUGGAAAAGCUGCCUUUGAGCCAAGGAAAAGAAUGUAAACCCCUUGAAGGAGUUAAUGUUGGCCCAAUGCCUGUUCAAAAGUGUGCCCAAGGAGUAAAGUUUACUGGAGUAGAGGAUGAAGAUGACGAUGACUGGGAUUUAUCAUCUUUGGAGGACAAACCCUCACCAGCAGAAGAUGUGAAAAUUAAAAGUGUGACUGCCCUUGAAAAAAAUGAGUCAAAUACUCUAUUCACACCCCAUGGAUGGGGAGCACCUGUGGGAAAAUCAACAAAGGACGAAGGCCUUCAAGACGCAGAUACAACAAAAAGCAGCUUAGUCACUGUGACAGACUGGAGCGAUUCUUCAGAUAUCUGAUUCUUGUCUUUGGAGGUUUUUGAGGAGGUCCUUGAGGAGGGUUUUUUCUACAGAAAUCUGAUUUCUGUUCAUUUUUUUCUUGUGUCUUUAACAAGGAACUUUUGUUUACAAAACUCUGGUGUCUUUGAUUUCCCUUUGAUUUAAUACAGGACUGUUUACAUGCUUCUACAUCAUUCUCCACUUUCAGGGAAGACAUUAUUAAUAAACAGUAUUAACUGACUCGGUUAUUUUAAAUAAUUGUAAGAAAUCUACCGGUAUUUUCUUUUUUCAAAAAGCCUUAUAUUCAACUUCACAAGGUGAGAACUUAUUAAACAAAUGAUUUUCUUUCA